UGCUGCUGCCGUUUUCAUUGUCGCGUAUUCUCGUAACAAAUUAGUCGUCGUCGCGAGUUCAAGAACUUUUACGUACAAAAUUGUGCUGAAAACAGUGAUCCAUUUUUAACUGGUAAAAUCGGUUCGAUCCCGGUACGUCCGUCGUCGGAUUCGGUUUCGGAACUGUGCGCUACGGAGUCCGUCUUUGGGUUUCGCCAUCGAAGUUUCAGUUUGUGCGGUGACGAGGGUCGAUAAUUGAAAUUUUCCAUCGGGACAAGCAAUAAACAUCUCUUCAGUGCUCCUCUCGAUGAGGGAUUUCAUUCCCAUGAGAUUAUGAAUAGAGAAGAAAAAAUGUGUUCAAUUGAAUUAGAAUUUUUGUGUAACUGUGAGUGGAAGUCGAUAGUAAUCGGGUAAAGUGCGAGUGAAAAAAAACGAAGAAGCAACCCAUAGCGGGAGGAAGCUAUCGGAGAAAAAGGAAGUGCGACUAAAAUAAACAACCUCAUCGAUUGAGGGCGGGAAAAAAAUCUUCAGCAUAACCCAAACAGCAUCGCGCUCUGUUACUGGAGCUCUAAAAUAACAACAGCCUAGCCCUGCUAACAAAACAGUAUCUGUAGGUACCGAAAGUAAGAAGAAGGAUAGUUGUACUUCUGUAUAACUAUACAGAAACGAACCUGCAACAUCACAUCAACAUCAACAACAAGAGACCAGGAUCAUCAUCAACAUGGGCAGCGUUUGGAAGCGGCUUCAACGCGUCAACAAGCGGGCCGCCAAAUUUUCCUUCACCGUGUCCUACCACGAGCUCCGGAUGGAAACCACGGCCAAAUGGCGCCCUCACAGUCUUCACGUGGUUUGGACCCGGCGCUCCCGGCGGGUGGUAUCCAGUCCCCUGACCUGGGAACCGGAUCUGGUGAAUCCGGUGUGCAGCUCCAUGGCUUGGCCGAUGCCCGAUAAUCACACCAUCGCCGUGACGCUGUUCAAAGACAUUCGAACGCACGAGCUGGAGGACAAGGACUGGACCUUCGUGCUGGAAGAUGUGUCACAGAUGGGCAAAAAGCGACCGCUGGCAUCGGCCAUGAUCAACAUGCGGAAGUAUGCCAGUAUCGAAUCGACGCAGCAAACCUUUCAGCUGGAACUGAGGCCGGUAUCGAAAAAAAUCCUAUCGGCGUCGCUGGAACUAACACUGAGCUGCGUUUUCCUUAGGGAGGGAAAGGCCACUGAUGAAGACAUGCAGAGCAUCAUUUCGCUGAUGUCCGUCAACAAUAUAACGGAUAUUGCUCCUUUGGAUGAUUUGGAAGACAUUCCGGAUCUGGAAAAUUCGAUUGACAUUUCAGAACACGUGUUUGAUUUUACUCAACAGCUAGAACAACUGACGACGAGUCUGAACAACUCGGAUCUAGCGACGCCGAUGAGUGGUGUUCCAUCGCUUUCCGACGAUCAAACACCAGUUAUGAGUGGAUCAAAAGAUAUGUUCAAGGAAGUUUUGAACGAUCGGGGUUACAUUUCGCUGACCAGCGAUCAAAGUUUCAUCAAAGAUCCAGACGAACAUAUAGGGAAAGAUAAACCACCGGAGCGGCAAACAGUCACAGAUGAACUUUCGAUUCCAUCAGAGAUGGACAGCAUUACACCUGCGGCACAUCACAUUCCCGAAUCCGUUCACAUGUUCGAGCAGAUAGAAAAAAUAGUCGAAGAGGCACAGGAGGACCCUCUGGAAGCACUGGAAGAAGAAAAAAGUCCUCCACCAUCAAAGCAGUCAACUCCGUCUUUGCCUAUCGUUGUUGCCGUUGCCCCAACGCCCCCAACUAAAGUAGACAGCGAGCUUAUUACCAAAAAAUCUCCCGAAGAGAUCCAGAGCAGUAGAGCCGAACUGAAGCCGUUGAAUUUGAUCAAAAGUUACGAUCACACACCGCCUCCGGUGACGACGGAAAAGGCACCCGUAGAACCGGUAGCUCCAGCAAAACCCGAACCGCCCAAGGAAGUGAGGAAACCGCUACUAAGGGACAGUACUCCGGGACAGGAUCUUCUGGAAUGGUGCAAAGAUAUCACCAAGAGCUACCACGGAGUCAAAGUUACCAACUUGACGACAAGCUGGCGCAAUGGAAUGGCCUUCUGUGCCAUCAUUCAUCACUUCUAUCCUAGUCUUAUUGAUAUGAGCAAGCUGUCGCCGGGCAACGUGAUAGAGAACUGCCGCACGGCGUUUGAUGCGGCAGAAAAGCUGGGAAUACCUCGAGUCAUCGAGCCCCAGGACAUGAACAUGCUGGCGGUCCCGGACAAGUUGGCCGUCAUGACCUACCUGUACCAGCUGCGGGCCCACUUCACCGGGCACCAGCUGGAGGUGCACACAAUUGAUUCGGGAGUUCCAUGUCAGGCGUGCUUCCUAGCAGCCGAACAAGCCAUGUGCAUCUACUCCAACCAAAAGUGUAGGAGAGGCGAAACAUCGGACGACUCGAGCUACGUGAUAGGGAACUACAAGUCGGACAAGCUGAGCAAGGACCUGCUGAAUCUGAACGACAUGAUCACCCCCCGGGAGGAUGAUCCGCUGAGGCGCACCGAGCUGCUCACCAAUAAAGCCCAGGCGCUGCUGGUGGCCACAAAGCAGGCGGCCGGAAGUGGGGGUGGCGGCGGACUAUUUGGCAAGGUUUCCCUUUCCCCCACCAAGGAGAAGCUGAUCACGGUCCCGAGUGGCAACGGAUCGAUGAGCAAUGGCGGGGGCGGCGGUGAAUCGGAAGGUGGUAACAACAAUAACAACAACGGCGAGAAGGGAUCGAUGAGGCCGGAUGCUGACAAACUGACCGGUGCUGGUGACGGAAAUCUGAGGGCAGAAACGGAAAACGGGUUUGCGGAUGAUCGAAUUUCGGCCGUUGAUUCGGCGCUGGCAAACCGAUUACUCCUCCGGCAUAAGGAAAUGAGUGAAAAGGCUAAAGUAAUGAUUGAAAAACUUAGAGCAACUAGUGUAGAUAAAGGUGGUGACAUGGAUACCAACGAACGCCAGGCUCGAUUGCGGGAACAGGCCCGAAAACUGAUCGCCGGUACCCGAUCGAUAAAACCGCUGAACCUAGACUCGCCCUCUUCGCCUACCAAGAUCAGUGGCAACGCUCACAAAAUGAACUUCUCGCCGGAGCGGACCAUUUCGCCCAUCAACAACGUGCCGGAGUUUAUUUUUCCCAGCGUCGUGGGUCGGAUUGGAAGCGCCAAAAAUUCGCCGGUGCGAGGUUAUGGGGACAUCGGUGCCAGCAUACUGGACUCGAGCGAUGCCAACAGCAAUCAUUUGUUGAAGAGGAGUUCGCCCUCGCCGAACAAACUUUCGCCAUCGCUGUUGGACAUGAUUGCGCCCAAAAACGAGGGCCGGGUUGAAAAGGUGAACUACAUUCAAAGCGAGCUUGACAAGCUAGAGCGAGAGCAGAAUGAGAUAGAUCAAAAGGCUAACGCCUUGGAGAAGAAGUUACGAGCUGUGAUGGGUGGAACGAUGACGAAUGUCUCGGAAACCGAAGACCAACUCAUGAACCAGUGGUUUACGUUGGUCAACAAAAAGAACGCUCUGUUGAGGAGACAGAUGCAGCUGAAUCUACUUGAACAAGAGAACGAUCUUGAGAAAAAGUACGAUAUGCUGAAUUUGGAAUUGCGGGCGGCUCUCUCGAUCGAAGACUGGCGCAAAACGGAGGAACAGCGCGAGAAGGAGGCGCUGCUGUUGGCCGAGUUGGUUGCGAUCGUAGACAAACGCAACGAGCUGGUACAGAAUCUGCACAGCCAGGAACAGGCCAUUGAAGAUGAUGACGAAAUCGAGCGGAAACUGGAAACGGUAGAUAUCAACCAUAAGGAGGAAAAAUGUGUCAUUCAGUAAUUGUUGGUGAAGGUUUUCUACACAUUCGGAGAAUACUCAGAUGCAAUUGGAGGAUUUUUUUUGUAGAGGUGUUUAUUUCCACAAAAUGGAAACCUAUACUCCCACUGAAAUUGUAAAUACUGCGGAAUACACCCUCGUUUCGUUAAGAGAUCAAACAGUCGCUUAAAGGCACGGAAUCAAUACCGACCUAACAGGUUACAGGAAACUCGAAUCGUACUAAAACGAAAACAAAUUGUUGCUCUUAUGUAGGUAACUUAACCAGCCGUCAUUUUCUAUUUUCUAAUAAUCGGAACGACUCAUUGGGUUCUAAAGAAACCAAUUGUGGGUAAAAUUUUAGAAAAAAAAAAACCAAAUGAAAAAGAAUAUCAUUGCACUUAUUCAAAAUUGGUACAAUCACUAACGAAUACGAGUUUAUCAAUUUGUUCGUCUUACAAACGAAUAUUUUUUGAAACACACAAAAAACCGGUGAAUCAUUUCCGUCCGCGGGAGAAUUUGGUCUCGUAACCAAUGAUUAGACGAGGGAGGAAGUAGUGAUCGCUUUUUUUUAUUGCCACACGCAUUUACACCCGACCCCUCCGGAAAAGAUUCCAAGAACUUUAAGGCUAGGUUAUGUCACACAGAUUCAAUCACAAAAUUGUACAUACCCUACGUUUCUGUUAGGUUCUAUUAGGUUGUAUGUUUUUAACCAAAAAAAAUGUUAGCACCACUAAAUGAGGACUGAGUAAAGUGGCGGUCAAUUUCGUUUUAUUUAUGGAUACAAAAAGCUUCAAGCGCAAAUAGUUAACCGUUUUAGUUUAGUUAUUAUGUGCAAAAAAUUAUUUCUAGUGUUCUUUCAUUGACAGAGGCGACACAAAAUUGUUCAAGUCCCCUAUCCCCUUCUCUAACCUUAUUUUAUAUAGCUGUAUUUAAGGUUUAGUAAGCUAAAAAUAGGAGUAAGAAGUUAUACUCCGUCAAAGUAAUUGAUUACAAUAAAAUGCUUAAGGAAGAAAAGAAAACCUGGAAGUGAUAAAUACGUGAAGAAGAAAAAAAAUUACGCAAACAAAUAUCCAAAUAAUAAAUUAUUUUUGUAAGCUUUUGUACUUGUAGCCUAAUAGCUUUUGGUGAGGAACUCAACUUCUAUAAUUUUACUCAAACCUAUGGGUGGAAAUACGGGAUAUCGAUCAAAGAACUCAUAAAACUCACUUAGCUUGAAGCGGGCGGAAUCGAUGCAGAUCAUUUAUUAGUCAAGCUGCCUAGGAAACACAAACGCAUUAGAAUGAUCCAUGCCUUGUCCAUCGUUGAGUUUGGGCUUUAUUCUUUACAGACAGAGAAAUGGGUAAUCUCAAUCGCGUUUCUUAGAGCAACUCGAAUGGUUCACAAGCUGGAAUUUGAUUUUUCUUUUUUUUUUCAAUCAUAAAAAAAAUUACCAACAACUGCUUAGAUAAUUUCAUAAUCAAUCAUCAGAAGCAUUUACAGUAAAGUUAUGUUUUUUUUUUAAUUUCCUAACACAAAAUGAACCUAGAUAAUUUUCUUGAAAUUUGGAAUUGAUUCGGCAGUUAAAAUUUGAAAUUUCUCUAAGGUCGUAAAAAUUAGAAGCUUUGGGCGCAGAAUGAUCAUACGUUUUGAGAAAAACCUCUAGCAGGAAUAGGUUUCGUAUAGGUAGAAGCAAAUUUUUUAAAUCUCCACACCGCAAUAUAAUUGAUAUAAGCAGCGCGUAAAAUUUCAGUGAUAUUUUCUAGAAUGCGAAUUCCACCUUCUUGGUUUGUCCCCGUUUGUAAGCAAAGGGAAAUUUAGAGAGAGGCAAAACAAAAUCGAGAAUACAUAACGAAAACAAAUUACGAUAUUCUAGUCAUUCGUGCGUAGUUCAUCAUAGCUAAGGAAACUAAUUUAAAAUAAAUAUAUAUCUACAUAUAAUACAAUUAUUAUAGUAUUAUUAUUUCUAUUUUAAAAUACACACACACAAGGUUAUACACGGAAACGUA